AUGGACAUACCAGCUUUAUUGACUUCGGCUGGUAUGAACAUAGGGAUUUCAGUGGGGAUGUUCUCACUAUAUUCCAUAUUGAGAAAACAACCACUUAAUGUCAACGUUUACUUUGGUCAAAGGAUUGCUACUGGUCGAACAAGAAGCGACAAUAUUUGUUUUGAAAGAUUUACACCUUCCGCUAGUUGGAUUAAAAAAGCUUGGGAUGCAUCCGAAGAAGACAUCUUUGCUUGUGGGGGUAUAGAUGCAGUCGUUUUUCUUAGAAUCGUUGUUUUUAGUAUUCGUAUUUUUGCCAUCGCUACCAUUCUUUGCACUUUUCUUGUGCUUCCAUUGAACUAUUUUGGGCAAGGAAUGGUAAGGCUUGAAGAUGCGACAGCCAUGGACUUAUUGACUAUUGGGAAUGUCAGGGAAGGUUCAAGAUGGCUGUGGGCUCAUUGCUUCACUUUGUACGUUGUAUCUGCUUGUGCUUGCACACUUCUAUACUUUGAGUUUAAAAAUGUGGCGAGAAUGAGAUUGGAUCAAGUAAAUAGGUUUCCAACAAGGCCAAGUAACUUCACUGUUCUUGUUCGUGGUGUUCCAUGGUCUCCAGUAGAAUCAUAUAAUGAAUCCGUCGGGAAAUUCUUCAGCAAUUAUUAUCAAUCAAGUUACAUUUCCCACCAAGUUGUCUAUCGAUUUGGUGCUGUUCAACAACUUAUGGAGGAUGCAGAGAUGGUAUAUAACGUGAUGACAACUGUUCCAGUUAAACAAUGCUGUGAACCAAAUGCAAAUCCUGAUCGAUGUGGGCUUUGUGGAGCAAGAUCAAACUCUUUUAAAGUGGUUGGCCAUGAACACAAAUGCACAGGUCAAAAGGUUGACGAUGGGCUUAGAGAAAAGGAAUGUGAAGCGGCAUUGGUGUUCUUCAAGAGUCGAUAUGAUGCAUUAGUGGUGUCACACACGAUCCAAUCAGCAGACCCGAUGUUAUGGGUGACCCAAUUAGCUCCAGAACCACGUGAUGUUUUCUGGCAAAAUCUUUGCGUACCUUAUAACUUGUUAUGGAUACGUAAAAUAUCAGUGUUUAUAGCAUCAAUUGUGUUCAGCGUCUUGUUUCUUUUACCUACAACAUUCGUUCAAGGUCUGAUGAAGAUCCAACGUCUCCAGGCUGCAUUUCCAUUUCUAAGAAGAGUAAGAGACAGGAGUGUUAUUAACCUAAUUACUGGGUAUCUACCAAGUUUAGUGCUCACUGUUUUCCUCACCAUUGUUCCACCAUUGAUGAUGCUGUUUUCUACACUCGAAGGAGCUGUCUCUCGUAGCACAAGAAAACGAAGCGCAUGUGCCAAAAUUUUAAUCUUUAUGUUUUGGAAUGUUUAUUUUUCAAAUAUUCUCUCGGGUUCUUGGAUUGAGAGAAUGGGUAAGCUUACAGUUACUAGCCCUAAAGAUUUGGCAACCCUACUUGCAGAAUUGAUACCUCGACAGGCAUCGUUCUUUAUGACAUAUGUGAUGACGUCAGGUUGGUCAGGUCUGUCGUUUGAACUAUUGCAGCCGGUCCCACUUGUCGGGAACUGGCUGUUUAAAUGCGUUCUGAUGAGGGACGAUGAUUUUGUACGUCCAAUCACUUUUUCGUACCACACAGAGGUUACAAGAGUCCUUCUGUUUGGACUCCUUGGCUUCACCUUCUGCAUUUUGGCACCUCUGAUACUUCCUUUCUUGCUCGUCUACUUUUUCUUUGCUUUUCUUGUAUAUCGAAAUCAGAUCAUGAAUGUUUAUUAUGUGAAAUACCAAACAGAUGGAAGUUAUUGGCCUCUAGCACAUAAUGCGACAAUCUUUUCUUUGAUACUGACACAAGUAGUCGCUGGAAUAUUGUUUGGAAUGAAAAAGUCGAGCAGUGCUUCCACCUCCACCAUCCCAUUGAUCAUUGGCACCGCUCUUUUCAACGUAUUCUGCAAGAAUCGGUUUCUACCACUUUUUAGAAACCGAGCUGCACAAGUUCUUAUUGAGAUGGAUCGUGAUGAUCAACGGUCAGGAAAGCUUGAUGAGAUUGUGGAGAAGCUGCCUUCAGCAUAUAAUCAGGUUGAAUUAUGUGCUGAAAUGAUGGAGGAGAAAGAAGAGCCGCCUCCUGAGAAGCCAAAAAAGGGUAGCGAUGAGAGUCUAAAAGACUUGGAGAUUGUUAAACCGGAUAGUCCAUCUGGGGAUAGUCUUGAGGAUGUGGAGAUUGUUAAGCCAGGAAGCCCAUCUGAAACUGGGGAGCAAUCACCUCAAGUUGAAAUCGAACCCGAUUCAAAUAUAGUAUCCAUCAAGUAGCUAGAAACGGGUGUCUAUAUAUUGGUAUAUAAGAUGGUUUGGUUUAAUUACUAGGCUUGUAUAUGUAUGUGAUGUCAUGUCAUGUGUGUGUAUAUACCUCAAUCAAUGGAAUGGUCCUCCUUUGAGGUAGUCAUGUAUUUUAG